UAGAUUGGAGCGCAAUCAACGUUUGUUAUCCAUUCUAGUUCUAGGCUGAAACAGCAAUAAACAUGACAUCUUAAAUAAUCAAAUUGGUCAUGUGAUUGCGUGGAGCAGUAUAAUUGGUAGGAUUACUCAAAUAUAAACAAGGAGAAUUUUGUGCGAAAAAUACCCUCAACGACUAUUGACUUCCACCAUUCGUAGGUUCAAACAGUUAACUGUUUGAUGCACGUAUCUAACUGUUAGAUAGCCACGAUCUUCAUGCUAUUUUGAUCCUCUCUCUCUCUGUGAUAAGAAUUUUGGGAAAAGUGCACUACAAACGCUAUCUGCAGUUCUCGGUGACCAAGCGAUGGCCCUUUGAUUAGGAACACUCUAAUGUCGGUAUCACCACCCGCAUCAUUUGUUUCCAGUGAAAGGCUCUCAUACCAAAGAAUCUUGAGAAAACCGCGUUACAAAACGUUAAAGCAUGGCCUUCGCAAGUGCCAUUGCUUUUCUUCUUCUGCACACUCUUUCAUCAGUUAGAAGUGAUUUCCUAUCUCCUCUAAGUCCUCUGGUCGCUCCAUUAUAUGAGGAUGUGUGCAAAAAAGUGGAAUGUGGAAAGGGAACUUGCAAGCCUUCUCAGAAUAGUACUCUCUUGUUUGAAUGCCAUUGUCAUCCAGGUUGGAGGCAAACUCUUUCUGCUCAUGAUGAGGGCUUCAAGUUUCUUCCUUGCAUAGUUCCUAAUUGUACUAUGGACAGCUCUUGCUCCAAUGCUCCUGCUCCAGCUCAACAAGAAAGAAAAGCAAAUGAAUCAAUAUUUGAUGCUUGCCACUGGGUUGAUUGCGGAGGUGGCUCGUGCAACAAGACAUCCUUAUUCUCUUAUAGUUGCAACUGUGAUGCUGGCUAUUACAAUCUUCUCAAUGCAACUGCCUUACCUUGCUUCAGAGAAUGUGCUAUUGGUUUUGGUUGCUCUAACCUUGGAAUAUCAAUGACAAACUCAUCCACCGCUUCACCACCACCACCAUUAAAUGAGAAUGCUAGCUUGAUUCUAAAAGGAAGCUCCCCGUGGCUACUCGUGCUGAUUAUAUUCAUAGCUAAUAUGCAGUUGCAGUAGGAAAUUUGGCACAUGACUUUGCAAUACUGAACUGUGUGCUAUUUUAAGUGAGAACUGGAUUUUCCUAGCCAUAUCUAUAGACAAUAGAGCGGCAGAGAGUACAAUGGCAUCACAAUUAAACAUUAUAUGGCGAAGAAGAGAGACUAUGAAUUUUGACACCUGCAACUCGUUUUGUAUUGGUAUUUCAUUGUCUUUGUACAAAUUAUUGAAGAAAAUAUACUUAUGUUUCUUUCUAUGAUCAGAAGCAGAAUAAAGUAAUGAUUGAUGGCUUUA